GCACAGUUGCAGCCUCCAGGAGGAGAUGCCAUGACCUUCAUCUUCACGGCCCUGCUCUUUCUGGGACUGACUCUGGGCCUGGGGACCCUUGUGCUGGCAGGGGCCCUCCCUAAGCCUAUCCUCAGAGUACAACCAGACUCUGUAGUCUCUCAGCAUACUACCGUAAUCUUCUUGUGUGAGGGGACCACAGGAGCCAAAGAGUACUAUCUGUAUAAAGAUGGACACCAAUAUUUAAGGUGCACAGAGAUUCCACAGAGUCCUAGGAACAAGGCUGAAUUCUCAAUCUCAAAAAUAGACCAGGACCAUGCAGGGCGAUAUAGCUGUCAAUAUCAGACUGGUGAUGGAUCGUCAGAGUACAGUGACUCCCUGGAUCUGGUGGUGACAGGAGUCUACAGUAAACCCAGCCUGUCAGCCCAGCCCAGCCCUGUGGUGACUGAAGGAGGGACUGUCACCCUCCAGUGUGUCUCAUGGCAGAGAUAUCACAGGUUCAUUCUGAUUAAGGAAGGAGCUCAGAAGCUCUCCUGGAUACUGGACUCAGACUAUGACUACUACUAUCCUUAUCAGUUCCAGGCCCUGUUCUCUGUGGGCCCUGUGACCUCCAGCCAAAGGUGGACAUUCAGAUGCUACAGCUUUAAUAAGAACAGCCCACAGGUGUGGUCAGAACCUAGUGACACCCUGGAGCUCCUGGUCUCAGGAACCCUCCACAAACCCACCAUCAAGGCUGAGCCAGGCUCUGUGGUUUCUCUCAGAAGUGUUGUGACCAUCAGGUGUCAGGGGAGCCUGGAUGCAGAAAUAUGUGUUCUGCAUAAAGAGGGAAGCCAAAAUCCCUUGGAUACACAGACACCAGAGAAGCCUGAGAACAAGGCCAAGUUCUCCAUCCCUUCUGUGACAAAGCAACAUGGGGGACAAUAUCGCUGUUACUGUUACAGCUCAGCUGGCUGGUCAGAGCACAGUGACACCCUGGAGAUUGUGGUGACAGGAAUCUACUACCAUAAUAAACCCAGCCUGUCAGUCCUGCCCAGCCCUGUGGUGACUUUAGGAAGGAAUAUGACCUUCCUGUGUCUCUUAUGGGAGGGAUAUGAGAAGUUCAUUCUCACCAAGGAUGACCAGAAGUUUCUCAGCUCCCCGACCUCACAGUUUAUACCCAAUAUUAGGCAGUGGCAAGCCUUGUUCUCUGUAGAUCAUGUAACACCAGACCACAGAGGCACAUUCAGAUGUUAUGGUUACUACAAUCAUACUCCACACUGGUGGUCAGUGCCCAGUGAACCCCUGGAAAUACACAUCUCAGGUCUGUCCAAGAAGCCGUCCUUGCUGACCCACCAAGGCCAUAUCCUGGAUCCUGGGAAGAGCCUCACCCUGCAGUGUUGCUCUGACAUCAACUAUGACAGAUUUGCUCUGUACAAGUUCGGGGGUGUUGACUUCAACCAGCAUGAUUUCCAGUGGACCCAGGCUGGCCUCUCCAUGGCCAACUUCACACUGGGCCCUGUGAGCAGCUCUACCGGAGGCCAAUAUAGAUGCUAUGGUGCACACAACCUCUCCUCUGCGUGGUCAGCCUCCAGUGACCCCCUGGACAUCCUCAUCACAGGACAUCUUCUUUUCAGUCCUUCCCUCUCGGUGAAGCCUAACUCCACAGUACACUCUGGAGACAAUGUGAUCCUGCUGUGUCACUCACCAUUCAAAGUGGACACUUUCAUUCUGUCCAAGGAGGGAGCAGCCCACCAACCCCAGAGACUAAAAUCAAAGUCUGAAGCUUGGGACUUCCAGGCAGAAUUCUUCAUGAGUGCUGUGACCUCUGAACUCUCGGGCACCUACAGGUGUUAUGGUUCCCAAGACUCAUCUCCCUACCUGCUGACACAAGGCAGUGUCCCUGUGGAGCUCAUGGUCUCAGCCUCAGAGAACCAGGAUCACACAGUGGAGAAUCUCAUCAGGAUGGGGAUGGCUUUCAUGAUCCUCAUAGUCAUUGGGAUUCUGGUCUUUGAGAGUUGGGGCAACCAGAGACAGAUCCACCAUGCAGCUGAGAGGUAAUCAGAAGAGAAAGAAGUAAAUGUUUCAAGGUUCCAGAGUCUGAGAAAUAAUUCUGAUGAUUCAAGCUUUCUGUAAGAAAAUCCAUUUCUUAUGUGAGAGAAUUGGCCAGGAAGCAAAUGUGAUUUGGAUGAAGAGGAAGGUGUGAGCAUUGUGGUGAGAUCUUUCCUCAGCCAAUUCAUGUCCCUCCACCUGCUGUGGGCAUUUGCUACUGAACCAACACUUCUGAAUCUAUAAAGUGAGGGAUUAUGCUGUCCCAUCAGUCUGGCUUGCGUCCUCAUUUCUAUACAUAUUUUCUUUCCUCCCUCUCAUGUGUCAUUUUCCAUUUUUAUACAUUGCCACAUUCUCCAUGGCAGGAGGCUCUGUCUUUUUGACAAAAACAAGGAAGGUGCCUCAAUACCAAAAUGAUGAAUAAAAUCAGAGCCAAGAAUUCAAAUUACUCUGCCUAUGAUGCCCCAAAACUGUCUCUGUGACCCCCCAUCCUUUCAGUCUUCAAAACCUAUUCUUCAUGGAGUUUCUUUUUAAAUAUAAAACAAAUAAUACCACACUGGUAGAAUAAGGAUUAUCAAGGUAGUGUAGACACAACAGAAAAAAGAUGUUUUCCUAACACAAUUUCCUGAUUUGUGGCAUUUGCUGACCACUCUAUAUAACCCCAUCAAAGACACCUUCACAACAGCAGUGUAACAUCACAGAUGUGAUGUUGAGAGUUGGAUGAAAUUUAUGUGUUUGUUAUUCCAUUCCCCACUGCCUAUUUUCAUAUAUGCAAAAGAAAUUAGCAUGCUGAUCAACCAUCUCAGAAACACCUUGCUAGGAUGAAUUAUCAUACAAUGAUUCAUAAGUUCUACAUAGAAAAUCGUCUGUUAUCUUCAAACAAUGAUAGAGGUGUUUGUUUCUCUCUCUUCUUUUUACCUGUAUUGAAAUGUCCUUUUACUUUUCUGCCAUUUCUGUCUUAGCUAAGUCUCCAGUACAAUGCUGGAAAUGUUUGAAUAGAGGAGACUCUCUUACCUUCUUCAGGAUUUAAUGAAAAAUAUCUGUUUUCUCGCCAUUCAGUAUGAUGAUAACUUUGGUGUUUUGGCACAGGAAAUAAUUCUGACUCUGGAAGUUCUUUGUUCCUAAUUUUUUCUAAUUGUCCAUGGUGAAUGGCUGUGGGAUAUUGACAAAUGCUAACUCUUCCUCAAAAGCUGGCCCCAUUAUGUGUGUUUUUAAUUGUAACCUUGUUACUAUCAUCAAUAUCAUAUGGUUUUGAAAAUUGAAUGGGAUUCCAUGACUGGGUAAAUUCUACUUUUUUGUUAGGUGUUUUUUUUUUUCAUUUUAUACUACAUUCUCAUAGCUAUAAACAGGAUAUGUUCUGAAGAAUACACAU